AACACUCACUCACACUCACUCACGCACACACGCACACACUCACAUACGCUCGGACGCUUGCGAAUAUGACUUCUCCUUGAGCAGAGUGGCCUCCUCAUUAGUACGCUCAUAGUAACUGAAGAGUUCACUUCGCCGCAGUCUCUGUCGCUGCUUCAGUCGCUGCCUCAGUCGCUGUCAUCGUCAUCGUCAUCGUCGCUGCUCUCUACUCUUUGUGCUCUGCGAAAGCAAAGUUGGCGAAUACUCAACUCAACUCAACUCGACUCGACUCGACUCGACAUCGGAGUCUCGACAGAGCCAACGAAUUCGAUCGCCAGGCAAUCAAAUCAAAUCAAAACAGGCAGUCAAACGCAGCGCGUCGACAAUUUUUUUUUUCGUGUUUGCCCCCAUUUAAUAAUACUAAUAACAAUAAUCGUAUCUUCGAGAUACUCCACGCGCCACAACGAAAUAAUAUUUCUAAAGUUUUGCAUUUUUGUUUUGUUCGCCUGUUUUAUUACACAAUAAUUUGCAAUCAACAUUUGCCUUUUUUUUUGGUAAUACGUGAAAUUUGCCGUUUCUAAUAAAUUGACUGUUUACGCGACAACAACUCAGUGUGUGUGUGUGUGUGUGUGUGUGAGAGUGAGUGAGUGUGCGUUUUGUUUGGCGGUGGCACAUCAGAAUUUCCCGAGCGGAAUUUCCACAGGACUCAUUGCAAAUUGAUGUGUAAAUGACGACAAGUGUUUGCCGGCUUCGAGCAAACAGCAACAACAACAACAAAACGGCCAACACAAGGGAAACAACAACAGCGACGCAGACGGCGAACGCCGCCCGACGACGUCCAACCAUCAGCAUCAAAUCAUUCACAUCCACGCAGUUGCUGCUCCUCAGCAUCUUCAUGAGCCAACUGCAUCAGUUUGCUGGCGGCGGCAUCGGACUUGCAAUGGCAGCUCCAGCUCCAGCUCCAACGCCUGCUUCCCUUUCCGUUUCCGUUUCCGCUUCCGCUUCCCCGCCCACAGCAGCGUCACACGUACGUCUGCGGCUGCAGAAGCGUGAGGACACGCUGAGCUUCAAGCAGCGUUUCCGUCUGGAGCUCAACAGCUCCGUCCUCGAGUGGAGCAAUGGCUGCGGUGGCAAUUGGACGGGCCCAGCGAACGAAUCGCGUGUUGUCAGGCCACAGAAACGCUGUGCUAAACAUAAAAAACUGUUGCGCACUUUGCAAAACAAAACUGGCCUAGAGCUGCGGCAACUGAAGUUUGAGAACAUUCAUCGACAUGGCAAUGAGGCCAUUGACAUCUCAAAGCACGACCAAUGGAAGGUGCAGAGCAGCCAAUAUAAUUUUCUGCCUCGUCUCAACAGCAGCAGCAAAAAUUUGCUCCGACGUGUGCAUCAUGAUAUGCAGUUCUAUGUGGCAUCCUUCAGCUAUCUGCGGCACGCCCAGCUGCACUUCGACUACGAGAAUUGGCAGACGCAGAGCGCGCUGUCCGCCGAGCUGUUACGCUAUCGAACCAGUGCGCGGAACAUUCUCUGCUUAGUCGAGGAGGCCAUCAAUGCGACCAAUCGCCUCUAUGCGCCUAGUCUCAACCAGAGUCAACAACAACAUUUGUCACCUGGCGUCGUCAAAACCGUGCCACGAAUGGCGAUGGAGAAGCGUCUGCUGCAGUUCAAGACACCGCUGGUCGAGUUGCACAAUCAGGCGGUGCUGGCGGCAGGAAACAAAGCCGCUGCUAAGCCGCAGGAGCCGCACGUGUUAGACGCUCUAUUUCUCAAGUUUCAAUACAUUGAGUACCUGAAGCACCUCACAAAAGCGUUGGCCAAACAGCGGAGCAAAAGGAAGUGCAAGGCCAAAACAGCAGCGAAAAAGCAGACGCAGCCACGUGUGAAAUCACGAGCGAAGCAGCAGCAAAAACAGAAGCAGCCAAAAGGAGCGUAGUUUCUAGUUUUCUACUUUCUACUUUCCACUGGCCACUUUUAUUUUAUUAUUUAUAGUUGAAAUAAGUAAAUUAUUCUAUUUUAUAAAAUACUGUACUGAAAA